CCUUAACCUACCUAUCUGCUCUUACGGUUGUUCACGCGGCCGUAGAAAAGCGACAGGACCCUAGGAUCGAGCCAAGCCCUUACCCUGCGUGUAUCUCUUUAAGGGAAAGAGAGAGGCAAAGUAGUUUAAGAGAAGUACCAGAAGCGUCGGUGUUUCCGGAUUUAAAGACACUCUGCCCUAUGUGAUUAUUAAAAAAAAAACUUAAUAGAUUUAUAUAUAAGUACACUUACCGUAUAUAUAUACAUAUACGGUAAGUGUACUGAGAGUUGACAUUUUUGUUUAAAAAAAUAAGAUGUAAAGACAGGAUUUGAACCAUGCUUCACUCGAAAGGACAAACACUCCAGCGUAAGUUUGUCCAUAUUCUGUUCUUACGUCUUAGCUUUUUAAACUAAAGUGACAGGUGUCGACUACUGGUACGCUUACCCCCAAGUUUUCCACAACGGAUACAGCGAGAAAGCAUAAAUUAACACCAGGACAAGACCAGGCGUCCAAUGCAAGUAGCACCGCUACCUCAGCUAUCUCUCAGGAUGAGAGCAAUUACUACAAGAUAAUGCUUGGCAACGAUAUCGCGUCUGUACGAUUUCGUAGACUUCACUGUACAGCAUGCGAUGUGCACAUUGGCUCCGCUCCAGCUCAAGCUCACAAUAUGUUUGAACAUCCUGUAAUCCGUACGUUAUUGUGCUCAAGCUGUUAUGAGUUCUAUGGAGAUGGCCGGUUCGAACAGGGCGAUGAUGCUACAGAUAUGUUCUGCAGAUGGUGCGCCAACGGUGGCAAUUUAUACUGUUGCUCGUACUGCAGCAAUACAUUUUGUAACAAAUGUAUACGGAGAAAUUUCACAUCUCUGGUGAGAAAGAAGAUUGAAGCGGACGAAAAGUGGAAGUGCUUUGUAUGCAAACCGAAUGAUUUGUAUAGCUUGAGGGCUGUGUGCUGGGCCUUGCUUCAGCACGUACAAACAGUGACAAGGAUACUCGCGCACGACAAGAAAAUGAGCGCCGAAGAGAUCGAACAGAAGAUGAAUUUGGACGAAUCACAGUGUUGCCCGCGCAGAAGCAAGCGUAAGCGGCGAAGACCCGACUCCAAUUCCGAGGAGGAAGACGAGACGUACACGCCUAAGGCAAAUGGGGGGGUAACGUCAUAUGUGAAACGUAAGCCGCUGAAAAGGUACAAAGCGGUCGUCCAGCCUGCUACGAACGGCACGAGGGUGCAGUCCUAUAAAUCGCCGAUUCCCAUCAGACCGCGCCCGGUGGCGUUCCCGAGAGGUCAAUGUUUUAAUGAACCGUCGAACUCCGCGGUCAACCGUGAGAAUUCACCCAGGAAUCCGAAAGAUAUCAGUCUCCCAUCGUCCAGCGUGACAAAAUCGAAUACCCAGUUACCAUCGAGAUUCGACCCCAGCGUGUUGCCGCAGCAGCACCCGCCUCCCUUGUAUCGCACAUCUUUCGUCAACACGUCCGGAUCCGCCACUUACAUUCAAACGCCUGUUCCGAUGAGCUCCACUACUCGAAUCAUUCUUCCGCCGCAGCCUCAGCCGCAGUCGCAGUCGCAGUCGCAGUCGCAGUCGCAGUCGCAGUCAACACAAUUGACGCCGUAUCAAUCUCUACAGAAUUCGUAUCAAGCGCAACAGACGACUUCGUACCAGCCGCAACCGACGAGCUCGUACCAGCCGCAACCAACGAGCUCGUACCAGCCACAACCGACGAGCUCGUACCAGUCGCAACCGACGAGCUCGUAUCAGUCGCCGCAGCUGCUUCAAUCUACGCCAAAUACGAUGGUGUCCAUACCUAAUCCAGUGGACAAGCUCGGGAGACCCGUAUUUCUUCUUCCUAAACCGAAAGAAGUCGAUAUUACUCCUAAUAUAAUCGAGCUUGACAGUGAUUCCGAUGAUGAACCGAAUGUCGUGUUGCAAAAUAAUUCGACGACCAACGGAGGCAACAGUAUGAACGUUAGUACAACUGCCAAUAGAGUUGUACCUGUUGCUCUCACCUGGGAAAACAGUGAUGAUGAUGUCGUGAGGGAGGAACAACCCUUGAGAGAGGUUUGCGUGACUGAAGAAAAGGACAGGUCCUUCAAAGAAAUAAUGUUGCCACACAGCCAAGAACUCGACAAAGUUUUAAGUGACACGAAGGGAAAGAUGUACAAUUUAUUUAACUUAAGCAAUGCGAUCAAGGACAUUAAAGAAGAGGCUGAGCAAAUAAUCAAGCAGUUUCAUUGCACUAUGCGUGGCACGGUCUUUCAGUUAGUGCAGAUUAACGAUAGGAUAGUACGCCAAUACAUUGGGUGGAGUAGAUCUUGGGAGACGGAAACUAAGGCGUCACCUUCGAUCGACGAGAAUGCAUCAGUGUCCCAGGAAAAUGUAGAUAUUCCUUUAGAUAUGAUUUGUGUCAACGAUUCUGACACUGAAUCCGAGGACUGCGAAAAUCAGAUUAGGGAGCCGUCGGAUUUAAUUAAAGAUAGUGAUAUUAUUAAGAAUUUGUUACUUCGUAAGGCAAAUGUUGUGCAUCGUAGUGUUGGUGACGAUAAUGUGCACUUGACUAUGGACAAGGCGAUUCAGGUGUACGACACGGUCUUAAGGGAUUAUGAGGACUCUAUCGGUUAUUCUGUAGUGACAACUGAUCAGAAUCGAGAGGCGGACGAGAGUGCUUCGAAUUUGCCGAUAGAGUCCGACAAGAAUUUUGGCAAAUAUGAGGAACAAUUUAUCUUUUAUUUGCAGCGGAUUAAGGAUGAAGACCAAGAGGCAGAAAAUAUGAGAGGGGUAGACUCAGAUGAAAUGUCACUUCAAGAAGUGGUACAAACGGAUCCAUCAUUUAUUUCGGAUUUGCUUCAAGAUGUUGAUUUAUCUAUGGCGUCUUCUGAUCAAUUGGAAAAUUGCCAAGAAGAAAAUUUGAGUGAUAUCGAUUUGGUGACCAAAGAUGAUGAAAAUAAUACACUGGUUAAGAAUAAUGAAGAAAUUGUUAAUAAUUCCGAUACUGAAAAACUAGAAAUGAGUAUGCAACUUGACGGCAAACUGCAACAAACAGAAUCGCAAAAGACUUGUGCAGAGACACUGGACGAAGAAACGACAACGUCAGAUAAUACUAAAACUGAAAACGAUAACAUAAUAAACAUGGACAUAAUUAAUCCCGUGGGAAGUGAGGAAGAUUGUACUAUUAUCGAUAAUUAAUGAAAGAAAUUGUUUAUAAAUGUAUUGUUUUUGGUUAAAUACUCUUAUAAUCCAAUUAAUUAUGAAUCAAGAUACAUUUUGAUUUGGAAUUUUCAUCUUUUUCGAAAAAGUUCCACAGAAAUAAUUUAUUAUAAAAAAGUUGUACAGUUCAUUUCUAGAUUUUAAGAAGAACCGAUAUGAAGAAUAGAAAAGCUUGUUUUAAAAAAAAGCCUGUUCUUUUCUGUUUAUUUAAAAUAUGCAUAUAUAUAAUAUAUCUUCUGAACAUAUAGGCAACUUUGUCGAGAAUUCGCUUUGACAAAUACCUUACAAUUAGGAAAUAACAUCUCAAAAUUGUAUCUAGUUAGGGAAUUAGCAAUAAACAAUAUGAUUUUUCUUGAAA